AUGGCCGUGUUGACUGGCGACGCCUUGCAACUCGCCGCAGAUCUGGGUGGUCUGGGGACUGGGGGCAAAGCUGCUUCUCGCCUUCUGCGUUUUAAGGAGGCUGCCCGAGCUUCUGAGGAGAUACUGGCCACGAAGGCGAUGGGAGCAGCAGUCGGAGACCCGCCGAUAGCAUGGGAUGGGAGCCCUCCGUUCCUGGGCUGGUCCGCAACGGCUCUGGCAACUGCCAUUCGCAAGGGCGAGCUGACCUCCACCGCGGUCGUCAAGGCUUACAUUCAGCGAAUCAGGAAGGUUGAUGUUCACCUCAACGCUCUGGUGGCGGAGCGCUUUUCCGCCGCGCUGGCCCAGGCUGAGACCGUGGACCGGCAGAUUGAGGCUUCACAGGGCGAUCCUGUCAAGCCCUGGCCACCGUUUCUGGGCGUCCCCAUCAUUUUGAAGGAGGCUCUCGAAUACCCGGGCUUCCCCUACACCAAUGGCCUGCUAUGCCGGAAGGGUCGUGUGGGCGAGAGCUCAGGUCCUGUCGUGCGCCGGAUAGAGGCUGCUGGCUUCAUCGUGCUUGGCACUGGCAACGUUUCAGAGGCCUGCAUGUGGAUGGAAACAUACAACCUCGUGUAUGGUCGCAGCCACAACCCCUAUGGACUACAUCUGACCCCUGGCGGCUCCAGUGGUGGCACGGCAGCGCUGGUGGCGGCCCUUGGGGCGCCGGUAGGCCUCACUGCAGACAUCGGUGGAUCGACGCGCAUCCCCGCCCUCUUCAAUGGACUGUUCGGACACAAGCCCACUGGCGGCAUCUGUCCAAACACACGGACACACCUCAACGAGUUCCACGGGGCGGUGUGUCGCAUCUGCCAGCUGGGCAUGGUCUGCCGCCAUGCCGAUGACUUGCUGCCUCUGUUGAAGAUUAUGUCUGGGCUGCCAGACAGCACGGAGGACCCUCUCGUCCGCGAGUAUCGUUCUCCACCUUCUUGGGGGCUCCCUAAGCUUGGGCACCUUCGAGUGGGAUCUUUGCGCUUUCGGGGCGGCUGGCCGGGAUCCGCUCAGGAGUUGCUGCUCUCUGGGAUUUCGGGCCCUCAAAGGGAAGCCCAAGCGGCCGCCGUCUCGGCGCUGCGCCAGGAGGGCUGUGAAAUCGAAGAGAUCUUCCUGGAAGACCUGGUUGUGGGCGAGUGGUUCGGAUGCUGGUCGACUCGUAUCCAAGCCGCCGGCGGAGCAGCGUUCCGGGAGGUGCUGUGCCAGAAGGGCCCGCUCUUCGGUCUGGGUGAGCUCCUGCGCUAUGCUGUCGGCCGCUCCCCCUUCACCUUUCCAGCCCUGAUGCUGGCUUUCCUUGAGGAUUGGGUACAGUUGGUGGAGCCUCCGUUGGAGAAGCGCCUUCGCAUAUCUGCAGAGGUGGAAGCUCGAUUGCGGGAGGUCCUGACGCGCUGUCAGGUUCUGUUGAUGCCGACGCUUCCGCGCCAUGGCUGCCUUCAUGAUGAGCUUACCGUUCGAGUCUUCGACAGCUGCUUCACUGGGAUUUGGAACGCACUGGAGUUCCCGGCGACAGCUGUUCCCAUGGGGCUUUCUGCUGGCAAGCCGGUGGGCAUACAGAUCGUUUCGCUGCCAGGCAAAGACGAGCUGACCCUGGCAGUGGCCUCGCUGCUGGCCAACACUGGUGUUGCGCGGUGCAUCCCCCCUGGUGCCUCGGGAGAUCCUCGCUAA